AUAAUCUGCUUUAUUUUCCCUACCAGCACGACUGCAACUGCAAGAACAAGAGUCACCCUUAUGCGAAGAACAAACAGCCUUUUGCAGCAGGGCAAAAGUUAAGACAAAGGAAUGUAACUACUAUUGAAAAAUCCAAGGAUGUUUUGUGAAAAUGUGGUACACUGGACAUCAAAAAUCCAAUCUUAUUCAAGGAAAGGAUCAUUUCAAAGAGCACUGUCUUUGUUUUUAAAGAUGAGAAACGCAGGUAUCGAACCAAAUGAAUUCACUUUCUCAACCACUUUAACUGUCUGCACUCAAUCACUCAACAAAUCAGUUGGUUUAAGCUUGCAUAGUUUAAUACUCAAAAAAGGGUAUCUAAAUCAGCUCUUUUUGUCUGGUGGGUUAAUUUCUAUGUACUCUAGUUUUUGUCGAAUUAGUGAUGCUCGCCAACUGUUUGAUGAAAUGCCUGAACGAGAUGAGGUUGUGUGUAAUUUAAUGAUAGCUAAGUAUGCACAAAUUGGGUUUAGUAAGGAAGCUUGUAGGUUGUUUUAUGGAAUGGUAAAUGGGUUUAUUCAUUUCAGAGGUUUUGUUAGUGAUUUUAGUGUUGUUAGUGUUCUUAAUGCUUGUGCUCAUUUGGGUUGUUCUAGAUUUGGUAAAUCUGUGCAUAGUUAUGCAAUUAAACUUGGUUUCGAUUCUGAUGCUUUUGUGGGUAGCUCUCUAGUUGGUAUGUAUUCGAAAUAUAAAGAGUUGGGUAGUGCUCGCGCUGUGUUUGAUCAGUUGGGCACUAUGGAUGUUGUAGUGUGGAAUACUAUGAUUACUGGAUAUGCCCAAAAUGGUUAUGAAGAAGAAGCAAUUGAAUUAUUCUUUGAAAUGGAAAAGCAAGGACUUUGUCCUAAUUAUACCACCUUUUCGGCUGUUAUAGAUGCUUCAUGUGUGAUGCCUGAUGAGACACUUGGUAGAAAACUUCAUGCUAAAGCUUUGAAAUUUGGCUUCCUAUUAGAUGUUUAUUUGGGUACGGCAGUUGUUGAUAUGUACUCCAAGUUUCUGAUCAUGACUGAUGCUGAAAGAGCUUUCUCAGAGAUGGGAAAAAAGAAUGUAAUAUCAUAUAAUGCGCUAAUUACAGGCUAUGGUAUAGCUGGUGAUCAUGAAAAUGCUCUUAGAAGUUAUAAAAUACUGCAGAGUCUUGAAGAAAUGAAACCCGAUGCGUGCACUUUUAUUGGUCUUAUCACAUCUUCCGUAGCAUCUGCUGUCUAUGUUGUUGGGGAACAAGUUCACUCAGUUUUAAUUAAGCUUGGGUGGGAUCGAGAUGUUUUAGUGAGAAACUCAAUUGUUAAUUUCUAUUCGAAGUUUGGGCUUGCCAAAUCAGCGAUAAAAGCAUUUGAGACUGCACAAGGGAGUAAUAUUGUCUCCUGGACGGCGAUUAUGACAGGACUUGUUCAAAACAAUGAACAUACCAAAGCCCUCGAGGUCUUCUGCACAAUGCACAAUCUGUCAGAAAAAGCAGAUGAAUUUUCUUCUUCUAGUGUCAUCAAGGCUGCAGCUAGCCUUGCAGCUGUUUCUCAAGGCAGACUCCUGCAUGGACAUGUGUUCAAAGUAGGAUUGAACAACCAUAUAUUUGUUGGAAGUGCACUGAUUGACAUGUACUCCAAAUGUGGCAUUGUAGAAGAUGCAAAAAAAGUGUUUUAUGAGAUGCCAGAAAAAAAUGAUGUCACUUGGAACUCUAUGAUAACAGGUUAUGCUCGAAAUGGUUUCUCAGACGAAGCACUAAAUCUAUUCCAUGAAAUGAUAUUAUGUGGGGUCAUGCCUACUUCAGUAACCUUUGUUGGGGUUCUCCUUGCUUGUUACCAUGCAGGAAUGGUUCAAGAAGGCAAGCACUAUUACCAACUAAUGAAAAGCUACUAUAGGAUUUCGCCCUCUGCAGAGCACUACUCAUGUAUGGUGAAUCUGCUCGGUCAUUCUGGUUAUAUUGGCGAGGCAGAAGUAUUUCUUCUUAAUUCACCCUAUAAAGAGGAGCUUGCGUUAUGGAAAUCUCUCCUUACUUCUUGUGAAGCGCACAGAGUUUUUGAUGUUGCUUCUCGAGUAGCAAAGUAUUGUUUGAAUCUAAAACCCGAUGAUUCCUCCGCUUAUACCAUUCUCUCCAACAUAUAUGCAUCCAAACAGUGUUGGUCAGAAGUUGAAAAAACAAGGGAUUCUAUGAAGAUGGCAGAUGCUGUGAAGGAACCUGGGUGCAGCUGGAUUGAAGCUUAGUGAUUGAUGUUGUGGGUUAUGUCAAAUGGAUUCUUUCGUUAUUGUCUUCUGGAGUCUCAUUCCACUUUCAAGAUAUCAAAGAAUUAUGAUAAUUGAUUGCAUUUUCUGGCAUUAUGAAGUUGGAAAAAAAAGUGAGGAAAUGGCUCCUACAGCUGGGUAUUGUUUACAAUUGAAUGUGCUAUCUGAAUCUGCAUAGGAGGUUGAUUAUUUUUCUGGAGUCAUGUAGUCUGAGAGGCAAGAUGAAUUCUGCAGUAUCUGAAACUGGUAAAUUUCAAAUUUUGCUUGUGAUUAAGUAACAAGAUUUAGUUGCUCUUGUUGAAAAUUCCUCUUAUCAGCUGAAACAUGUGAUGAAAGACUAAGAGAUGCAUGCAUAAUAGUGCAUAUGCUUUAUGCAAUCAACAAUCUGGAAAAUGGAAAUGUAGAAACAGAACAGUAACUGCUAUUAUGAUGACGAUGAGAAUAGUUAGAGCCUAGUGCAUCUUACCCCCCUGUGAGUGAUUAAAAAAAUGCCAAACUGUCGCAUACGUAUUUCAUCAGAGUUUUUUCAAGAUUAUAUUAUACACUCCUGAGAGGGGAUUCAAUCUAAUUGUCUUAUUACUCUUGUCAAGUAACUAAAUGGGCUUCCAGCUUUGGAGUUAUCCCCUGAUCCCGUUAAUUGAUUUGGCCAGCCAAACUUGGAACUUCACCACCAUCACGGUAUUGAUUCCUCCCUUGAUUGCUUUAGUUCCAUAAAAUUUGAACCACCCGAAGACUCCCAAAUUUCUGAGGCUAGUACCAUGAACAUUAUGAUCUAGAAUUGUGUGUUCGUGAUCUAUUUGUAUUGUUGAGCCAGCAAUUAUUACUGAAACUUCUUUGUGGCCUAUGGACUUGUCACAACUUGAUAACUAGGUCCACUAGCCGUGUCAAACAUUCUCAAAUGAUAUUUAAUGACUUCUCGGAGUGUUGUUCCAUGUCUCAUCUUGAAACAUCGACUCAGUUGGAAAAUAAGUAAUAAUGAUCUGUUUUGUGAAUAGCAGGCCUGAAUAAGGACAAUCCAAGAUUGAGGUUGCAUGCCUUUCUACUUUGUGAUGGAUCCAUCACUUUCAUGUUAUCGUAAAAUUUCUCAUUUUCACCUCCAAAAGACAUGGAAGCCAUCAUAAACUCUUCUUGAUAGUCAUUAGUCUCAUAUUUUUUAGAGCACUUUUGAUGACCCCCUAGACAAAAAUUUAAUUGUAGAUUAUCUUGUUGGAAAAUAAUCCACAUGUGAUCCUACAUUGAAGAAUUAGAGAGAGGUUGACUAACAUGUAUACUUAAUGGGCUACUCUUUCUAAUACCAAUUGGUUUUAGGAUGGAACCUCAUUGGGUUUAUAUGCAGUCAACUCUUUUAUUAUGCAGGUUUUGUUGUGUACAAGCCUGUUAAUAAAUUUAGCAUAUCUUAUGCUAUAUUUGUAGACAAAGCUAGUCUCUGCUACAUCAAAUCUAACCUAUCACCUUUCCUUACUGAAGAGUUUGAAGAAAGAUUGUGGAGCUUGCUUUCUACCUCCUAGUUCAUGUGACAACGAUUUUAUGUGCUUAUCUAUGAGCUCAUUUUGUGCCUUUGUCUCUGGUGUAUUUACCAACAGAUAAUCUCCUUUACACUAUGCAAUUAUCAACUGACAAAGUGUUGCCUUGAGCUGGGAGCUGUUUCAGCUUAAUUUCCCUUUGUACCUUCUGAAAUCUGGGCUGCAGCUGUUGCUCUUUUGGUCGGUGGUCAUCUUCUGAUUCUGGAUAGUUGAGAUCAUGCGUCAAUGUUUAAAUUCCUAUUUGGAGCAUGAAGGAUUACAGGCCUUGGUGCAGUGAGUUAAAAAAUGGAACUUUAUUCUCGAGAAGGGAGGAAGACUAUGAAGUUGAGCAGCAAUUGUAGUGCAUAGACAAGAUUCACGGCAAUCACCAGAACUUGACGAUGUUUCCUCGACUGUCACUGCUCACCACAACAAAUGAUCAUGUUAAUGUUCAGGGUUUACGAUACUGUGAUGAUCUUCUUGAUGCUGGUUUCUUCUUGAUCAACAAAAAUUCAACGAGUGGUUGGAAAACGGCUUUCUUGUAGACUACAAUGUGGAUAAUCGAAGGCAUUUAGUUGGAUAGACUACAGAAUAUGAUAUCUGCAGUUUAUUCAGUUGAUAAUUACACCAAAAUAAGGGCAGAACUCUCAACUCCGUACCUGAUGAAUCUACAGCAGUGGUGGUCUAGAUUUCUGGCAGAUGGGUCUGCUUGCGCUUUUUUCCGCAAUGUGCAUAAACAGCGACUUGAUUCGAAAAGUGAGCGUAUAUUGAAUUCGAACAUUAGGUGGUAGAUACUUUUUUCGAUCUAGAGAAAUGAAUAGUAAGGACUAAGGAUCGUAUUUAUACAACUUCUGAUUGUAUUUAUACUUUUGCGAGUCUAUACACUAGUUGUAAGUCGAAAAAACACGAAUAAUUCGUAUAAAAUGCUUCAUUGCUUUUAUUUUGAAGAGCGAUCUAGAUUAGACGACAACAUUACAUGAAUUUGUACAAUCACUUGGAAUUAUGUA